AUGGUCGUAACAACAGAUGGUCACAACAUAGAGACUCGGCAUUGCGUGGAAGUGGCUGAUCAUGAAUUAGGGGAUGAGGAUUACGACCCAGAGGUGGAUGAAGUUCCGUCGUUUGAUGACCACAUCGACGACUUGUUUGCUGCUCAAGAAGUCGAAGGUCAGCAUAACAACAAGAAAUCUAAAGAUACAGAUUUAUGGGAAGUUACUAGAGUAAUUUUGUUUCCUAUACACUUAGAGGACGGUGUGAGAAAAGUUUCUAAGCUGAGCGUGAAGGAGGCUAUAGGCCUCCCUUCCAAUACGAAAAUAGUACUCCAGUUUAACAGUGAGCUGCAACCGAUUGGUCAGGCGACAGGAUUAUUGAGUGGUUUCAUAGGGAGUUUGGGUGCGGAUUAUUCCCGGUUCCCCAUACACUUAGAAAGUUGGAAGCUGGUGAGCAAAGCAAAGAGGGAUCAUGCGUACAACAUGCUUAAGCGGGUCUUUUACUAUGAGGACGAUGCUGGAGGAAAAAUAAAGCGUGAUAUUUUGAAGAGGAUAGGAAAGAACUGGAAGGAUUCAAGGCAUCACUUGUUUCAUAGGUGUUACAAACAAAUAAGGACUUAUGAGGAAAAUCUUCAGCAUCACCCAAAAGGAAUAGACAAAAAUGAUUGGAAAAAGUUCGUUGACUAUCGCCUGAAUGAAGAAACGCAGAAAAAGUGUAAACAGAACACUUUAAAUCGGAGCAAGCAACUUUACACACAUACUGGGGGCUCCAAAAUCUUGGCAAGAAAAAAAGACGAAGUGGAGAGAGAGCAAGGAAGGCCCGUUGGUAGAGGAGAGUUGUUUAUCAUGACUCAUAAGAAAAGAGAUGGCUCAUAUAUCCACCCUGAUGCGCGUGUUAUUAGUGAAGCAAUUGCGAAUGUUGAGAGGCAGGAUGGAUCCUCUAAGCACAUUUCACAGAAUGACUCGCUAGCACAAGUUCUCGGAAAGGAGCACCCAGGACGAGUUCGUGCCCUAGGUGUUGGACCAUGUCCCACCUAAAUCUUUGGUAACACUGCUGGACAACCGUCGGGUUCUGCAGAGUCCAAUGCAGAGGAUAAGAGGAUGAUUGCAGAAUUGACGGCUAAGUUAGAAGAAGAGCAAGCGAAGAGACAGUCAAUACAUAAGGUCUUGGGAUAUGUAGUCCAACAGUUAGGAGGCAAUUUGCCAGUUGAGAUUGUUGAAGAGCUGGCUUUUGUGGGCGGUACACCGGACUCGUCAUGUGCAUGGCCAUCUUCAUCUAGAAAUCACAACCCGCAACAAAAAUCUUGAAUUUCAAUUAAUGGUUUUGGAUACCUUUUACAUUUAAGUUGGUUUAGUACGUUAGGCUUAUUUUAUCCAACUUGAGCAUUCUUACUUUAUUUUGGAUGAUAU